AUGAGUGUAAAAGGGACCAGAGACAUGAACGGAGUAGCUAGGAAGGAUAUGUACGAGUACACAGCACCCUGGAGUGUGUAUGGAUUAGACUGGAGUAAGCGGCCUGGUGACAAAGCAUUUAGAUUGGCACUCGGAAGUUUCAUAGAAGAAUAUGCUAACAAGUUACAAAUAAUAGCAUUAUCAGACACGGUCUAUGAUGAUCCCUACCAACGCCCGUCUACUGGCGAUUUCGUCAAAAUAGCUGAAGUCGAUCAUCACUACCCCAUAACGAAAGUGCUAUGGGAACCAAAUAAGGGUGGUCUAAAAACCCCCGACCUGCUCGCCACGACCGGCGAUCACUUACGUUUAUGGGAGAUUAUAGAUGAUGUUAACACUACAAGUAAUACCAUUGGAGCGAAUAAUGGAACUGGGGUGCGAACACAGAGAUUAAAUCACCGACAAUUGUUAACGAAUACCAAAGCAGAUUUUAAUGCGCCGCUAACAUCCUUCGACUGGAAUGAAAUCGAUACUUCCUUGGCAGUAACUUCGAGCAUCGAUACGACGUGUACUGUCUGGAAUGUAGAAACUACACAGGCAAAAACACAACUUAUUGCACAUGACAAAGAAGUAUACGAUGUUGCUUUCGCGUCGGGGAGUAUAGAUGUCUUUGCAAGCGUUGGCGCAGAUGGGAGCGUAAGGAUGUUCGAUUUGAGAUCAUUAGAACACUCAACGAUAAUCUACGAAACGCCUACGAAUCCACUUCCACCCCAACUCUCCGCCUCUCAACACACCGCCUCUAAUCCGCAGCUGUCUCUUCUUCGAUUGUGUUUCAACAAACUCGAUUCCAAUUAUCUUGCCACAUUUCACAUGGACUCUCCCGAUGUACAGAUAUUGGAUGUUAGAGUUCCUGGAAUGCCUGUUGCGGAGUUGAGGGGUCAUACGGCAACUGUUAAUUGCGUUUCCUGGGCACCUAAUAGUUCCAGUCUUCUUUGUAGUGGAGGUAUGAAAGAGGUGUACAUGGCAGACUAUCCAAGGAGAGAGAGAGAUAGCGAUGAUUCACAAGUACUAGUAUGGGAUGUCCAACUUCAAUCACCAGUUUCCCCCCCUCAUCCAAGUCCGCGUGAACUCCAACAAGUUCCUUCAUUAGCUUAUAGAGCGUCGGCAGAAAUCUGCCAAUUAAGCUGGAGUUCGGCUUCACCUACAUGGGUUGCAAUAGGAUUUAACAGGACUGUUCAAGCAUUGCGAGUAUGA